AUGAGAAACUUCUUCGCCGUCGCUACCUGGGCGGCCCUGGCGGGCUCGGUCAUGGCCCAGACAUUCUCCGAAUGUAAUCCCAUGGAGAAGGAUUGUCCUGCCGAUCCGGCCCUGGGCACCGAGCACACCUGGUGGUUUAACUCAACGCUCGAUUCGAGUGUGUGGAACAUGAGCACGGGCUCCAUCAAAUAUGCCAACAAUGCGGCCGAGUUCACCAUCGCCAAGGUGAAUGAGUCGACCCUGUUGCAGUCCAACUUUUACAUCUUCUUCGGCGUGGUGGAAACGUGGGUCAAGAUGGCCAAAGGUGGGGGUGUCGUGAGCAGUGUGGUGUUGGAAUCCGACGACCUGGAUGAGAUCGAUUGGGAGUGGGUGGGUUACAACACCAGUGAGGUGCAGACCAACUUCUUCGGCAAGGGUAAUACCACCACGUACGACCGUGGCGGCACGCACUACGUCCCCAACGCCGAUUCCGAAUGGCACAACUACACCACCCACUGGGCCAGCGACAAACUCGAGUGGCACAUCGACGGUCAGGUGGUGCGGACUCUCAACUUCGAUGACCCCAAGGCCUUGGGAGGCAAGAACUAUCCCCAAACGCCCUGUCGGGUGAAGUUCAGUAACUGGCCCGCCGGACGCGAAGGUGCCUCCAAGGGAACGAUCGAGUGGGCCGGCGGCCUGGUCAACUACGACCAGGGACCCUUUACCAUGAGCGUGCAGCGCGUGCGUGUUCAGGACUUCCACACCGGCAAGGAGUAUACCUAUGGCGACAGGUCGGGUGAUUGGCAGAGCAUCAAGGUCGUGAGUGGCAAUUCCACCGUCCAGGAGAAAAUUGACGCACCACCUCCCAAGUCUCUAUCCGAGAAGUGGGACGAUCUGCCCAAGGCGACACACAUCGGCGUGUACGCCGCCGCGGCGGGUGUCGGUGCCCUGAUAAUUGUCGCUCUGGGCUUCUUCUGCAUCCGCCAGCGCCGACAAGGUCGCCUCGAGCAUGCCUUGGCGGAUUCCAAAUGGAAUGCCGAGCGAACGGAGAUGGCCAACUACCAGAAUGACUGGAACCAGACCGAGUAUAGACACGGUGGCUACAGCCGGGUGAAUGGCUAG